CAAAAAUCACGUGGCACUAUAAAAUCUCCUUACAAAUCCAACUCAGCGGGUCACCAGCCUAAACCCGACACGUUCUCUCUAACACAGCCAUUUCUUUUUUCCCAAACUAUCACAAAGCAACCAUACAAAUACUAAAAAAUCCAAAACUGAAAAUUCCAUUUCCCUACUUGGUAGAACCCCACUGUAGAGGGAUAGGUAUUCUCACAGUUAUUCGGUUUUCAUUUACUGCCUAAACCCACCACCUCGGUCCCCCUGUAAAACCCACUUGCAGUUGCAGUUGCAGCUGCAGAUCUUUUCAUUUUUUGUCACUACUUAGCAUAGAUCUUUCUAGUUUUCUGAACAGAAAGAGGUAAUGAAGAUUCAGUGUAACGUUUGUGAGGUUGCGGAGGCGAACGUCUUGUGCUGCGCCGACGAGGCGGCGCUGUGCUGGUCCUGUGAUGAGAAGGUUCAUGCUGCUAAUAAGCUGGCUAGUAAGCACCAGAGAGUUCCUCUCACUGGUUCUUCUUCUUCCAUGCCUAAGUGUGACAUCUGCCAGGAAGCAGUUGGCUAUUUCUUUUGUCUCGAGGAUCGGGCUUUACUUUGCCGAAAAUGUGAUAUUGCUAUUCACACAGCUAAUCCUCAUGUCUCAGCUCACCAAAGAUUUUUUCUGACUGGAGUGAAAGUAGGACUUGAACCUGUUGAUCCUGGUGGUGCGUCAUCCUCAGGGACGUCACAGUCCAUUCAGAAGGUUUCAGAGGCAGAGUCUGCUCCACUUUCUAAACGAAAUGCCCCAAUAUCGUUGGAUGCUCAAUUUAACAAAGUAUUACCUCCCCAGGCAAGUGGUCUUGGGGAUUUUGCUCCUAGUAAGUCUGCAUUUGCUGGAGGUUCUGCAGCUGGAAGUAUUCCGCAAUGGCAGUUUGAUGAAUUUAUUGGCCUGAACGAUUUCAAUCAGAAUUAUGGAUACAUGGAUGAUGGAUCAUCUAGGGCGGAUAAUGGGAAACUUGGAGAGUCAGACUCUUCGUCUAUCUUGAGAUUUGAAGAUGAAGAACUAGACGGUGAUGAGUGCCUGGGUCAGGUUCCAGACACAUCUUGGGCAGUGCCACAAGUACCUUCCCCACCUACGGCCUCUGGACUUUACUGGCCCAAAACUUACCAGAAUCCGUUUGAUUGCUCAAUGUUUGUGCCUGACAUUAGUUACUCCCCUUCGCAUAACCUUCAACAGCGACCUCCAAGUGGUACUAGUCUGAAACGAAGAAGGCAGUGUUAAUGCAUUUUCCCCAAGCUUUUCAACUCACAUUAGUGAUAGGUGUUUCAGAUCCCUAAGCUUUUCACUCACGUUAGUGAUAGGUGUUUAGAUAGAGUGAUUUGUGGUAGUUGAAGUUUGAGUUGAAGUUAUUUGAGCAAUGACUCAUGUGUGUUUCUCCUUUGUAAGUAAUCUGCCUUGUUUGCUGCAGUUACAUAGAACUCACAUUAAUGUCAAAAGUAUAUUAGUUCUACUCCAAUCCCCAGAAGUUGUACAAGAAAUGAAAAUGUUUCUCAAGAUCACUGUAGACUGUAUUCCAACAAUUUGGAACCAAAGAAAAAUGGUUGUUGCUCGCAUCUUUCAAAUGACUCUUGGUAGGGAUGGAGGAGCUGUUUAAACUUCAGGAGAUUGUGUUUUAACUCCAUUAUAACAGUUAAAAGGUGCUUCCUUCAAUCCAUCCAUGGUAAUCUUGUUUUAUUCUUUAGAAUGCAAUGAGGGUGGAUUUGAAUCAUACUUUUGCUUCUUUUUUUUUCUUUUGUGGGGGGGCACUUGGUGCUAUUAAGAACAAUUUGAACUUUGGAACAUGUAUCCAGAUUAUUGAUUUUAUUGCAGAAUGACACCACGGUUUGUGGUGGCCGUUUGUUUUUC